CACAGAUUAGAUAAUUAAGCGUGGACCUCGGGAAAAGCCCACGUUUUUAAGAUUCAGUGGGUCAGGAAGAUGAACAGAGAUCAAGAAAUCGAAGCUCCUCUCAUCCAGAAGAGUCAGACCUUCCAACCUCAAGCCUCCGAUUCGGGCUUAACGGAGGAUGGUUCCGGCGUUGAGAACUCUCCUAUCGAGCAGGUAGCUCUCACGGUUCCGGUCACCGACGAACCCUCUCUCCCGAGUUUCACCUUCAGGACGUGGAUUCUCGGAACACUAGCAUGCGUCCUUCUCUCCUUCCUCAACCAGUUCUUCUGGUAUCGGAGGGAGCCUUUGUCAAUCACGUCGAUCUCGGCUCAGAUCGCGGUGGUCCCGCUCGGCCACUUGAUGGCCUCGACGAUUACAGACCGGGUGUUCUUCAGGGGGCGAUGGUGGGAGUUCACGCUGAAUCCCGGCCCGUUCAACGUGAAGGAGCACGUGCUGAUCACGAUCUUCGCCAACUCCGGGGCGGGUAACGUGUACGCGAUUCACCUCGUUAGCGCCGUCAAGAUAUUCUACAAAAAGAAUAUGUCGUUCCUGGUGGCGUUUCUUGUCGUUAUAACGACGCAGGUGCUGGGGUUCGGGUGGGCCGGGCUGUUUCGGCGUUACUUGGUGGAGCCCGCUGCCAUGUGGUGGCCCCAAAAUCUCGUGCAAGUCUCGCUAUUCAGGGCAUUACAUGAGAAAGAGAAGAGGCCCAAGGAUGGGUUAACACGGAAUCAAUUCUUCCUCAUCGCCUUCUUCUGCUCCUUUGCUUACUAUGUCUUUCCAGGCUACCUAUUCCCAAUGUUAACGUCCGUUUCCUGGAUUUGUUGGGUUUUCCCUACUUCCAUCCUUGCCCAACAGCUAGGCUCAGGACUUCACGGUCUUGGCAUUGGUGCUUUGGGUUUUGAUUGGUCCAGUAUAUCCUCUUACCUUGGAAGCCCACUUGCCAGUCCAUGGUUUGCUACUGCCAACAUUGCUGCUGGUUUUGUGCUCAUCACGUAUGUUAUUACCCCCAUAGCUUAUUGGCUUAAUAUCUAUAAAGCCAAGACGUUUCCCAUAUUCUCAGAUGGGCUUUUCACUUCUAGUGGCCAAAGCUACAAUAUCUCAGCUAUAAUAGAUGCCAACUUUCGCCUUGACAUUGAUGCAUAUAAGCAUAAAGGCCGUCUUUAUCUCAGCGUCUUCUUUGCUUUAUACUAUGGUAUCAAUUUUGCCUGCCUUGCUGCCACUGUUGUUCAUGUGUUCCUCUUCCAAGGAAGGGAAAUGUGGCAGCUAAGCAAGUCUGCCAUCCAAGAGAAGAAGAUGGAUGUGCACACAAAGCUCAUGAGAAAAUAUAAGCAAGUUCCUCAAUGGUGGUUCAUGUGCAUCCUUGUGAUCAACAUUGUGGCUUCCAUAUUUACUUGCCAGUACUACAACGAUCAACUCCAAUUGCCAUGGUGGGGCGUCUUGCUAGCUUGCUGUAUUGCCUUAUUUUUCACUCUUCCUGUUGGAGUCAUCAAGGCCACAACAAAUCAGAUGCUGACCUUGAAUGUGAUCACAGAGUAUAUUAUCGGGUAUCUAUAUCCAGGAUAUCCUGUUGCCAACAUAUGCUUCAAAGUGUAUGGCAACAUAAGUGUGAAACAGGGAAUCACCUUUCUGGAAGACUUCAAGCUUGGUCAUUAUAUGAAGAUUCCUCCAAGAUUCAUGUUUGUGGUGCAGGUUGUAGGUACUGUAGUAGCAGCAUUGGUGCAUUUAGGAACAGCAUGGUGGCUUAUGGAUAGCAUUCCAAACAUAUGUGAUAGGGAAUUGCUUCCAGCUGGCAGCCCAUGGACUUGCCCAGGCGAUCAUGUAUUCUAUGAUGCUUCUGUUAUAUGGGGCCUGAUUGGGACUCGAAGAAUUUUUGGAGAUCUUGGGCACUACUCUGCCAUCAACUGGUUUUUUCUGGCUGGGGCUAUAGCUCCUGUCCUAGUUUGGCUUGCACACAAGGCCUUCCCUGACAGACAGUGGAUUAGACUCAUCACUAUGCCUGUGCUCUUAGGGGCAACACUGAACAUGCCCCCUGCCACUGCUGUCAAUUACACCAGCUGGAUUCUUAUUGGUUUCACGUCGGGCUUUAUUGCUUACAGAUACUACCGUGAGUGGUGGAGCCGCCACAACUACGUGCUAUCCGGGGCACUUGAUGCUGGAUUAGCCUUCAUGGGAGUAUUAUUAUACUUUUGUUUUGGGAUGGAACAUAUUGGUCUCAACUGGUGGGGCAGUGAUUCAGAUGGAUGUCCACUGGCUUCUUGUCCAACGGUUGGAGGGGUCAUAGUGGACGGCUGCCCACUUCUAUGAUUGGCCUUCAGAAGAUACCCUGGCUUAUUUUGCUCGUCACAUGCAGACAUGUUAAGGCAUAAAAGUGAGAAUUGACGUUUGGAUCUGGCUAUUGCAGCCAUUACUGAGGUGUCAGAAAUUAUAAUACGGGAUGGAAAUCCUCAUGGAGUUGAUUAUAUUCAGCGUGACAUAGAAACUGAUCUGGAGCAUUUGGUGCUACAAUAGUGAACUCUAUGACAUUGCAUUGGAAUCAAGAAGUGUUUCUGAAGAAAGCAGAGGGCCCUCUGAAGCUUUAUAUUUUUCAGUCCUAAAAGAGGCGAUUCAUUGGACAAGUUUUUUGAGACAAUUAAAACAAACGUCAUCAAGCGUUCAUGCACAUGGCAAAGGCUCCCUGGCCCAGCUAUGAUAAAGAUCCCUGCUAGCCCUUAAUGAUCAGAAUUACAGUAUGAACUUCUUUCGUCAACUCUUGUUUUAACUUUUGAAAUUUCCCAUUACAGACACCUUCCAAUUACACUGUUUUGUUCUCUUUUUUCUUUUUCUUUUGCACACUUGUGGGGUCCUCGCUGAUUUGGUGUUUGCCAAUUGGAAACGAAAGCAAAACAGAUACUGCUUCUGAUUGAUGUAAUUUAUAUUGGUGUUGUUA